GGACAAAAUGUCUCCUGAGGAGAUGUCUGAAAAACAGCUGAAGAAGUAUGUUAAUUAUCUUAAAGAUGAGCUUGACAAAGAGCGCAAGCAGAGGAUAUGCUUUCAGCUGGAUACAGACAAGCUUCACUCCUUUUUGGAAAUAUGCAGGAGGGACAUGGAGGAUACGAAACUGUUGCUGAGCCAUGUUGAUGUGAAGGCUAAGGAGGCCAACAAGCGCCAGCGUUUUGAGAGUGGUAGAUAUGAGGUCAAAGUGAAACAUGCUGAGGUUGAACAGCAUAACAAAGUGUCUGAGACAAGGAGAGACAUUGCCAUUUCAGCCUCUCUGACCCGAAACCUGCAUUCUGAAACAGAGCUGGCUCUCCGUAAGAUUUUUCAAAGUAUCCAUGAGGGCCACAGAUAUGAGGACGUCAUGAAAGACAACAGUGUCAUGGAGGUUAAAAUAAAACAACGAAUGGAUCUCAGGGAGCUUACCAAAAAUCAUGACCAAGGAGUCAGAGAAAUGGGAGCUGAAUUCUGCAAGAAAUACCAGCAAAUGAUCUUCACAGAGGAGAAAAAGCAUGGUGAACAGGUAAGAAGACUAGAGGAAAAGUGGAAAAGCCAUGCAAAGGAACUCACAAAGAAUCAUAAGAAAACUCUGAGAGUUGCGGCUGAGAAAUUAUCAAUGGCACAGACUGAAGCACUAGUAAAGGAGAAGGCCUUGGAGAAGAAGGCAGCAGAAAUUCAAAAGUUGCUGUCUCAAGCAGAAAAGGACGUUUGUGAAGCUCAGCAGGAGAAUGAACUUUUGUGUGAGACUGUGCAGAGAGCUGAGCAGAGGUAUGCUGAUCUCCAACAAAAUAUUUAUGAUUUCAACCAGGCUAAGGGCAACAUAGAAAAGAACAAAACUCGUAUGAAGGUCGUUGUGAGUGAGCUGCGAGAUGUGACAGUGAAGAAUGAGUUACUACAACAUACGUAUGAAAAGCUUCAAGAGGACUGCAAUGAAAUGUUGAGAAAGCACCGGGCAGAAAUUUGGGACCUGCAACAACAAGGGGCUCUCAAGGAGCAAAUACUGGAGAGAAGACUGACAUUUCUGACACAAACUGUCUAGAGGAUUAAGUGCUGCAGGAUUGCCCACAGAGGUUCACUGACUGCCACAAGCGUCUGGAUUUUGGAGGUUGCUGCCAAAAAGGCAAGUGUCCUCGGCUUUGAUAUCUAUCUUUUUAGUCCAAGAACCAGAGACUUUAACAAGCUACAUUACUUUGUUUGGAUUUUAUAUGUUUUUCUAAUCACAAGUGUCUCCUAAUGUAAAUAAACAAAUUAACAGCCUGGUUGGCUCUAAAUGAUUCAGUCUCGUUUUUUCUAUUUUUUCAUCAUGAACAUGUGGUCUGGUUUAAUCUAAACCAACGCAGAUAGGCAGUGGUGGGUAGUAACGAGUUACAUUUACUCCGUUAGAUUUAUUCGAGUACAUUUUUCACAAUAAGAUACUUCUAUGAGUAGUUUUAAAUCACUAUACUUUUACUUGAGACGAUUUAUGAAGAAGAAACAGUACUCUUACCUCCGCUACAUUAGGCUACACUGAGCUUGUUAUUUUUAUCAGAGAUACUGAAUAAAGCUUUAGCUAUCCUGUAUCCAGUUCUCUAUUCAUCCAUGAUCCAGUAUCUCUCCAUGUAUUUUGUCAGAGGUAGACUUCUGCCCAAGGCUCUACUGCGUGACUGUGUUUAACC